CCACUCCCUCUUUUCCAAAAAAAAUAAAAACAAAAAUUAAAAUUAAAAUUAUUACUGAUGGAUUCCUGCCUAAGUGUUAUUUAUCCAUAAUAGCCCGUGUUAUACAUGACUCCAAAUACCAACAGGUUCUAAUAUAAAUUGAGAAAAUACCGUCCCCGGCCUUUGACCCACCGACCCAAUUUUGAUACUUAAAAGGUGGAAGGAGAUUUAUGUCCUGUUCCUUAUUUUUCUUCUCCUUUCUCCUCUCUGUGUCUCUCCUGCAAAUAACUGCCUUCUCCCUCUCGCCCAUUUUUGAAACGCCCGCACCCUUUACAUCCGGAUAUAUUCACAGGCGCAAAUCAUUGGCGGAGCCAUCAAUUCCCAUCCCACGAAUUGCGCUCAUCGCUAAACGUCAUACAACUCCCACCCAAAAACCCUCCAGCCGUACACUUCACCAUGCUGUCCGCCGGAGAACGACCCCAACCGGCGAUGAACAAGAAUGUCACUGCCACCCGAAACCCCGUCAACAAAUCGUCCCUGAGUCACCCAACCACCCCAAUGUGGACCGUCCAACCCAAGGCGGAACAAAUCCAACACAUCUGGGUCGUAACGGGUCCUGCGGGGUGUGGAAAGAGCACGGUAGGACGAGGCCUGCAGGCCGCACUGGGCGUCCCUUUCCUUGAAGGAGAUGAUUUCCACACGCAAAAGAACAGGGAAAAGAUGGGCAGCGGAAUCCCCCUUACAGAUGCGGACCGCUGGGACUGGCUCAUCUCUCUCCGCAACGCCGCCAUCAAGGCGCUGUCCCCCUCAGAGGCUAACGGUUUCCACCCCCCGUCGGGAGUGGUGGUCGCCUGCUCCGCCUUGAAGCAGAAGUACCGGGAUGUCAUGCGUGUGGCUGCUUACGGCACCCCAUCCGUGCAGAUCCACUUCGUCUACCUCAAGUUGGACGAGAAGGUGCUCCUGCAGCGGGUCAUGGCGCGCCAGGCCCAUUACAUGAAGAGCACCAUGGUCCAGUCGCAGUUGCAGGAUCUCGAGGAGCCUCAAGGUGAAUGGGAUGCGAUGACUAUCAACGCCCAUACGCCGCCGGAGCAGGUGAUGCGCGACGUUCUGGAGGCCGUGAGGGAUAAGCUGGCUGAGUAUCCGUAGUAGCCUUGCUUCUUUUACUUCAUGCCGUUCUUCCAUUUUUGAUUCCCUGAUUCCCUGAUUGUUUUGUGAGCGUUGCCACUGCAAUAUGGCUGGUUUUGUUUUUCCCUCUCAGUUUGAUGGUUGCUUUGAGAAGCUCUGGGAAUGCAUGGAUGACCGUCUCCGGUCUGGUGUCUGCGGAGUUUCCUUAUUAUUGGAAAAUGUUCUGUUUGGAUCUAUGGAUGGAGUUCUUUGUUUGGAUCUAUUGUGGUUCCUAAAUACUAUACCUACUGUGUAUGUUAGACUUACAACUGCUUUGUUUUUUGGGCAAUGCUACCCACUUUACCUGGUUUCUUUUAUGUCUCUUAGGACCAAUAUCAGACCAUAAGGACAGCGGAAGCAUAGACUAGAAAGACUAGAAACUUAGAGUGAUAUUACUACUACCUUCGUAUGAGAGCGGAUUGCCCGCCUAAGUACCUAUCACCGAAAAUCAUCUGUGUUGGAAGCUUCCGUUGG